AUGGUUCAAGGACCGACCUCCCCCCAGUCACAGAAGGCCGGAGAGGAUGUUAAUGGCAGCCUUGGUCCCUCGUUCCCUCGUCUGGGACAGAACUCUGAGGCCCUCAUCAUCAUGGAGUAUGAGCAGAUCGUGGACCCCGGACUGGAGGGGGACAAGACAGUUGAUGGGGGCAUGCAGAUACUCAACCUGCAGUUCAAUAGUCUGGAUUUCAUAGCAAACCAGGAAACCAUUGUAGAGAUUCUCAGUUUCUUGAAGAGAGCAUUCCCAUCCUCCAGCGAUAAACAGUCCUCCAGACCGCCACAGGACAGACGGCAGUCGAAACGCCAAGACUCCAUCAUUUUCCAGCCCAAGAAGGACAAGUUGAUGGUGACAGCUGACUUUAAGAGGCUGAACAUCCUGCUGCCUCGCUUCAGUGAGAAGGACGCGCGAAAGGUUGGGAAGAAGGUUGCCACAGCAACCAUGUCCACGGCCAAGAUAGAGGCCAGUCUAGAUGACAGUUGGCAGAUAGAAGGCAGUCUGGGUGGUCUCCACUUGACCGAUGUCACACCAGAAGGCAGUCUCUACCAGCAGGUAUUCAGUGUUGGGGAAAGCCAGCUAGACCAAUCAGAAGGACUCAUUUCUCCCCGAACCAUUCCGUCUGCUAUGUACCAAACUGCUCGAGAUGAAACUGUGUUCACUGAUGCUGUUCAUGCUAAGGGUAGCUCAAAGAAGGCCCUUUCUUUCAACGUGAAGAAAACAUUGCUUGAAGGAGCCGGGAUGGAACAUUUGGGCAUUCUUUCCCAGAAUCGGAUGAAAUUUACGCUGACUUUACCAUGGCAUCUGUAUAUUAUACACAUUAAGCCACAGUUCCUCAAUGAGCUGAUGGACUGUAUGUCAGAAUUCAAGGACUACAUGUCUGACUUGCCUCCUCUAUAG